AUGCAACCUUUAACACCACCAAGUGUGAAGACCCAACCAAGAUCAUCAGUGCCAUAUACUCCAAAGACACCAUUUGGUAAGAAAUUGGAGAAAGUUACAGCUGUUCAAAGCCCUCCUACACAAAUCAAUCCAAACUCUCUAUUAACUCCCGGUCCAACUCCAAGACAUUCAUCAAGAAAGAGAAAAGAAUUGGGUGAAGCUAUAAAUCUAGCAGGUGCAACCACUUCACAAAGAACUCUGUUCCCACCAACUCCAUCCACUAUAGGCCGUGGUCGUUCAAAGAAUUAUCCAGUAUCUCCAAUAAGGAAAUCUACACUUGAUAAUGAUGAUAUUUCUUCAUUAAAGACAAAAAGGAAACUGACAUUUGAAAUUGAUGAAGAAGAAGAAUUAGAAACUGGAAAUAAAACACCAGGUGCUCAAUUGAUUACUGAUAAGCUGAUUAAUAAAUGGAAUGAUGAAGUCCCAAGUGACUUGAGUGACGCUGAUGAUGAUGAAGAUGAGUUUAUUAGUAGGAAACCAUUAGUGAAUCCAUUUAUGACAAAAUCAUCAGAAGGACCUGUUAUUAAAAGAAAUUUACCAAAACAAACAGAAAUAACUCUGAUUAACAAAAAAGGUGAAAAGAUUAUUAGAAAAUUAACAGAAGAAGAAUCAAAUUACAAACCAAGAAACUUAUUUGGGACUUUAGUUAAAGAACAACAAAAGAUAAACGUUUAUAAUGAUAAUGAAGACUUAUAA